AGUGACGUUUGUAUUUACAUAAUUUUCUGUAAGUUUCUCAUUUUAAGUGGAAAAUAGUGAUAUAGAGGAACUUUUCAAAAGAAAAUUAGGUUCCUUUUUAUUGCAUUUUCAUAUUAUUGAUAACGUUCGUACGGUCACAGUGUUGGUUCUGAAUUAAAUUUUGCCAGGGAUUGAACAUGGAUGUGGUUGUUUAAUUUUUUGUUUAAAUUAAUAUAAACAUUUAAAUUUUCAAGUAGCCAACCCUUAUGUUCGCGAAAGUGUUUGGGAAAGCUUGGUGUUAACAAAACUAGGAUUAUGAUGCUGUCCCCAUUGUUAUCGCCAUGGGAACUCCAGGCGAUAAAGCAGGCAGCAUCAAAGAGGUAAUUAAGACAGAAUCGGAAGAGCCCGCACCCCGACCGCCAGAUCCUCAACAACAAUUACAACUUUUUUCACCACCACCAUCGUCACCGUCAUCCACACCAGCAAGUUUUCCAUUGCAACAGACCAUAUCUUCACCAGGACCAGGACCACCUUCGUCUUCGGAUAUGGGCGUCAUCAACAUAUUACCACAUUUCAGGACUUUAGCUAGUCCUCCUCAGCAUGUGGGAACUAAACCAGAAGCUUUGAUAAAGGCUGAGUUAGAGCAAUCGACCAUAGAACGUUUCUAUGGCCAAACCAAAUACUAUCCAGACUAUCAGCAGCCGUCAACAAGUUACUCUACAACGUCGAAGUCGAAAACAUUCCUUAGUAGUUCGGAACAACCGGGUCCUUCUGGCUUGCAGACGCCUAAAUCCAAACCUUCCGCUUCCUCUGCCAGUCCAGGUCGACUGAAACGGCUGAGGAAGACAGCUCAAGAACAACAAGGAACUCCGCAAUCAAGAAAAUCAUACCAGUGUCCUUAUACGUACUGCAAUAAGAUAUUUAGUAGUUCUGAAAAAUUGGAGAAGCAUGAACAAACUCAUACGGGUUCCUCGCCUUACAAAUGUGAACACUGCAAAAAGGUGUUUUCUUCUAAGUUCAAAUUGGUCAGGCACGCCCUCAUACACUCUGAUCGCAAACCAUUCAGCUGUACGGUAUGUGACCGCACGUUUCAUCGCAAAGACCACCUCAAGAACCAUAUCAAAGUGCACAGUCCUCAAAAAGACAUCCAUGUUUGUGAUUCAUGCAAGAAACAGUACACAUCGUUGCUUAGUUACAGGAAACACCUCGCUUUACAUGCUGCCGAAGAAGGAAACUUAACUUGUCAAAUUUGUAACGAUACGUUCGAUAGCAAAGAGAAAAUUUUAUACCAUCUGAAGAUCCACGCCGGUAGUCGGACAGUCAAAAACCCGAACGACAAAAAGUUCAAAUGCGAUCAAUGCGACAGUAAGUUUUUUACAAGGAAGGAUGUUCGGAGGCACAGUGUUGUACAUACAGGUAAGCGAGAUUUCUUGUGCCAGUACUGCCCACAACGUUUCGGACGCAAAGAUCACUUAGUCAGACACAUAAAAAAAUCACACAACGACAAAUACAAAGCCGAGGAGACUAUUACCAGUAUAACCAUAAAAACUGAACCGAAGGAAAUGCUGCUGGCUUCGGACGUUUCCGUCAAAUCCGAAUAUUCCGAGAGUAGUCUUUCGAACGCUCCAGAAACUUUUGGAACUGUCACUGUCGAUUCAAGUUUGCCGCUCAUUGAAGGUGACCUAACUCCGUUCUUAGAGAUAGAAACUGGACACCUAUUGCCAGUGGAACCUGAAUUAAAAGACUUCGGAAGCGCCAUUUUGGAGGACAUCGAAAGCACUCCCUCGACCUCUGGGAUUCUGACCACCGAAAAUUUAGAUGCUAGUCAAGAUGUUUUGGACGAGGUCGUAUUGAACAAUCCCGAAUUGUUGUUGCUGGAAUCAGACGGCGACACCAAUCUACCUUUGCCUGGAUUUAGUCAGACGUUUCAGCCACCCCCUGCUCCAGGCCCCCCUCCCCAGUAAAUAUUAUGAGUCGAAAAAUAGACGGACUUUUCUCAAUGCUAGUGUGAGUGUUCUUACCGGUGUCGUAUUAGUUUUUUAGAUGUAUUUUUAUCCUUUUAUUACAUAUAAUCGAAAUAAAAUCCACCAGGAAAAGGAAUUUCCUGUAGUCGGCUGUAUAAAUGCUAUUUUGACAUAUAUAUCUUAUAAAAGAGUAUAAGUUUUUUCCUGGGUUAUUGAAUUCUAAUAUUAUUUUAUUAAACUGCUCACAAAUCUUUCUUACUAAAAGAAAAACAGUUUAUGAGCCAGCAAAUACUAUUGACUGUAAUACAUACAACUCUUGACAUUUCCCAUUACAUUUGAGGAAGCAAACAAUAUAGCACCAUCUAGUGGUGUGCAGUGAUAACCAGAGCAAUCUAACCUUACAUUUAUAAAAUUGCUUUAUUAUUGUUUUUGUAUAAGUGUUUAACUAUUUUUAUUUUAAUUUAAUUUAGCAAAAUUAGCUCGUUAUUCAAAAAUUUAUAAAAUUAAAUUUGAAUGUUUACGUCAAAUUUUACAUUUUCAAAACGUAGUUUCAAUUCAAGCCGACAGUGGCGCUAGUGCGCUAGUGGCAACGUGCUUCCAGAUUUCUGUGGGAGUUGGAUGUAUUACAGUCCAUAGUAUUUGGAGCCAGUGAACACCUGACAAUAUGUAUAUGCGUUAUGCAACCUGCGUUACGUAAUACUUGAACGGCCCCCAAAGCCCUGUUAGGUUAUUGGUAGAGCAUUCGACUACGCAUCGCGAAGGUCCCGGGUUCAAAUCCGGACACCGACGAUUCUUUUUUUCUUUUUUUUUUAAUUUUUGAUAUUGUUUUAAUAAAAAAAUUUUGAAAGUGGUAAUAUCAAAAUUAAUUUAAUAAUCAAAUAAAAUACAAAUAAACUGUUUAAGUAUAUUAAUUUCGUUGAAAUCAUAUAAUAGAAGUAUAACUUCUUACGUGCGUACAAAGCACACACACAUUCUUUUUUUUUGGUUAUUUUUUUAGAUAAUUAAUUAUUCUCAUCAAUAUCGACACAUAUCGUCUUUUAGUAAAUUUUAAAUCGGCCUAUAAUACUGUUCUAAGAAAUAAAUUGUAUGAAGCCAUGGAUGAACUCCACAUCCCCGAUAAACUAAUAAGAUUGGUUAAGGCUACAAUGCCUAAAGUUGUUUGAAAAGUCGAAAUACAGGGCGAGCAAUCACAGGCGUUUGAAACGCAUGUUGGACUGCGACAGGGAGAUGCGCUGGCGUGUCUCCUUUUCAACAUAGCUCUGGAAAAGGCGGUCAGAGAUGCCCGAAUAGACAACAGAGGAAAU